AAAAUAAAAAAUCUUUUUGUUCAUAGUUGAUAUCUUUAGGGCUUAAAGGUUUCACUUUCACCCGUUUAUGCAUGUGUCACUCUUGGUUAUCUACAUGAGUUUUUUAAUAUCUUUGAGGUUAGGAUAGUCCAAUGAUAGAUGUCAUAGCCCUCCACAAUUUCUUUUCUUUAGAAAUAAUCUUAUUAUUUUCAUUAAAAGAAUUGUCAAAUCUCUUUUCUUUCAUUGAGUCUUGUUUUUGAAAGGUUUUUUUUUUUUUUUUCUAAUGUUUUCUAAGAAAAUAAAGGGCUAAUCUAAAGAGAUAAAAAUAUCCAAGAGAGGUGGGAGAGAGGGGGUGUGAAUUGGAGUUGAAAAUUUCUUUUUUAAAUAUAAUAAAAUUAAGCACAAGAAACACAAAUAUAAAAAUAUAAGGUUAUAAAAAGUAAACUUAGAUUUUGAGUGGUAUGACGCUUUCUUACAUACAUUCACUUUCUUCAAACUCUUAAUUGAGUGAGGGUUUCGCUUAUAUUUAAAGGUUCAACCAAACUUUUAAUCACUUUUUACACUUAGAUUCUGGCUCAAAUGGACUUUUAUACAAUCUCUUCAAGUCUUUACUUACUUGAAAGUUUUAACACUCAAUUAACAAGUUUGAAUAUCUCAACUUAGCUCAACAAUGACUUAAAUAUAAUGCAAGGCUAUGAUGAAUCACAAAUGUGCACUAAAGAAUAUGCAAAUGAAGAUUUAAUGCACCAAGAAAAGAAUGAGAGCUUUUAUGGCAAGAAUGAGUAGGUAAACAAAUAAAUGCAAGUGUUCUCUUACUCAUAAAUAAAGUAAAACUCUCAAUUUGUAAGUUUCUAACAUCAAGAGCCAAAAAAAUAAAAAAACAGUCUCGAUCGGUUGAGAUGAGGAUCGACUGGUUUAUUAGUCGUUUGAGUAUUAAAUGCUUGGCAGGUGACUGUUACUCUCGACCGGACCUCGACUGGGAAGACAAAUCAUUCGAUUGAGAAAAAAAGACUAUUGGAAGAGAGAUAAGGUUUUUUGCAUCUCUCUACCGGACCUCAAUCGGAAAGAAGUAACCGGCUGAUCGGUACCUUAGUUGGUUGAGUCGAUUGGCUAGUGCCUCAACCGGUUCACCAAUUUUGGCUUGAAAACCUUUUUUUUUUUUUUUUUUUCUGGUAUUUUUGCUUCUAGCACUUAGGCAAUGUCUUUAAGUAGAAUAAUAUGUCAAUUUUGAAACAUUUUGCCUAAGGUUCAUUUAAUAGAACUCAAAUUUGGAUGGAAAUGUAACUUUAAUGCAUAAACCAAGUUUUCAAAAAUGUAUGAAAUGAUAUGAAAAUCCUAAGUAUACUCAUGUAUUCAUCUUACAUAUGUUUCUUAUGAUUAAAAAGUUAUUUAAAAAUUUUGAUCUUGCAUACAUUAUGUCUUUUGAUGAAUUUCCAAAUUAACACCUAAAAUUCUUUAUAAUUCAAAUCAAUUAAUAACUUAACUAUGAUUUGUUAUCUUCAAAACAUAAUUAUGAGAACUCUUAGACUAACAUUUUCUUCUAUGUAAUUUUUUUUUUUAAUAGUUAAGUAAGUUUUUCUCUAUCCACUAUAUUUAGACUUUCAUAAUCUUUUCAUUCAUUCUUACAAGUCUUGAAGGUAGUUUCUCAUGACCUUUGAGAAUUAUGAAGAGACGUGAUCCCACAUUUAUAAACUUUCAUAGAGUAAAUGUCAUUACUUUCCUAUGUACCAAUAACCUUGAAUCUAGCCUAUACUCUCUAAGAGAUAUCUCAAUACCUUUCUUACUACGUUAGACUCUUUUCUUCCCAAGGUUAAAGUUAGAGUUGACAGUGUCACUUACUUCAAGAUAGAAUGUGAAGAAGAUCUCAUCUUACAUUCUUAUGCUCUUAAACUUGUCAAUGAGUAUCCGAAUUUUUGUGAAGUUCACCACUUAAGUGUGGUGCCAUCAUGAGUAAUAGAAAAAAUAUCUUAGGCUUCUCUAGCAUGCUUGCAUAUGACUAUUCCAUGAAAUUCAUUAGGAUUAAACCCAUUAAGGAUGUUACGAGGAGUUCGAGUAUUCACUUCACUGCCCUUAUCAUCUAGUUUGUACCAUUUUUAUCUGGCCUUGAAUUCUUCUAUGGAUCCAUUCUAAAUGGAGAAAAACUUCAUAGUUUAAUUUUGUUUUUCUGCAUUUUUAUUCAUGUUUGCCCGUUUAGAGGCCAGCUCUGGUUGAAGGAUAAUUUUCAACAACUAUAUUCUAAAUUUCUAAUAUGAUAAGGCUCGCAUGCUAUACAAUUUUUCAGCUCAUCAAUAUUAAUGUUUUCAUGGGUAGAGAGGGAGAAUAUUGCCUAGCCUGGUGCAGGUUAUACACAGUGAAACCAAUUUGACUAAUACGACCGAAAAUGAAAUACUCCAAGAUCCGAAGCAAAUUGACUAGAUGGUUUCAAUAUUACUUCGUCUUUUCCAAGGCUGCCCUGUUAAUCUCCGCUCUGGUGUUCAGCCACAGCCUAGUAGAACAUGCAGUGGUGGAUGUGUUGAUGUCAUACAUCACAGAUACGUGGAAGAACGUACAUCUGAACGUUGCAGCAGUAGCUGUGAAUACGUACGAAGUGACAUCUACAAUAGCAGUGGUUCUUCUCGCUCACGCGUCAGAUGCCUACUUUGGUCAUUUCAAAAUGAUCCUAAUCACCACUAAAACCUAUAUUCUUGGGUUGGUACUAUUAUGGAUUACAGGUACUAAGAUUUGGCUGCUCGUUGUGGCUUUGGUGCUAAUCUCGGUGGGCACAGCAGGGAAAGAACCACCGUUGAAAGAAUUCCUGGUUGAUCAGUUAAGGCGCCAUGAACAGAGCCUGGAUGGCAAUAAUGAAAUUCGGGUGCAGGCACGUACGGAGGUUUGGUGGCGCUUUUGGUGGUGCUUGGGAUCCAUCACAGCAACCUUCGCCUUCUCAGCUGUUGACUGGCCAAACACCUUCAAAGUCGUGAUAGUGGUGAUGUUCGUUGCUUAUUGGCUGUUUCGUUUUGGCGAAGGCCUUCCCUAUUGCCAAAGCCCAACCAGCGAAGAAAACCAAACCGGGAAACAAGAAGCAAGCGCCAGCCCGCUUUCCCUUGCAUAUCGCGUUCUUAAGGCUGCAAUAAUGAAGCGACAUCUCCACUACCCUGAUGCAAGCAAGUUCUUCAAAAACGACAGUGGUGAACUAAUUUUGUUGCCCAAUAUUCCAUUCUUCAGAUGGUUAGAUAAAGCGGCUAUUGUGGACCCAUCCUCCCUCAGUCCAGAAGAACAAGAAAAACAGGGAAAGCUUUGCUCUGUUGCACAGGUGAAGGAAAUAAAAUAUCUCCUAAAAAUGGUUCCUAUGUGGGCGACCUUCCUGGUGUAUGGUCUGGUUGAAGCAACGGGGAGCACUUUUUUUGUUGAACAGACCUCCAACCUGAGAUCACCUAUUACCGACAGCUUUGUCGAUAUCGUGAUUGCUUUCAAUGCCAUGAAAUCCUUAACAAGCUUCAUAGUUCCAUAUUUGUACGAGUUACUAAUCCAACGGAGGUGGAGUGAUGGAAGACAAAAACAAGGUGGUCUGCUAGUGAGAAUUGGUGUUGGAAUGGUUUCGUCCAUCAUAUGUUGUUGUGCUGCUUGGCAGGUUGAGGUGCGCAGAUUGAAUAUGGUUGAUAGAGAGGGAGUUAAAGACGACCCAGAUGUGAAAAUCCACAUGAGUAUCUUGUGGUUAGUUCCACAAUUCUGCCUGUUGGGAUUCAUGGAAGGACUCGCGGAAGCCGGACUCGUGGAUUUCUUCUGUGAUCUGGUAGCUGACUCGAUGAAGAGUUAUGCGGGACCUUUCACUAAUUGCACACUGAGUAUUGGAAAAUUGGUCAACAUUGCCUGUGUCUUUGUUUUCCGUGACUGGUUCAGAGACAACGUAAACAAUAGUCAUCUAGAUAGGUAUUACCUUAUGCUAACAAUACUAAGCUCCGCGAAUCUGUGCUUGUACUGCUUCGUCUCCCACGAGUACAUGGGGGGUGAGGAAGCUGCAACAGCUAACAACAAACCACAUGCAAUUUUGGAAGAUGGAGAUCAAGUGGUCGGGACCGUAUCUGACCCUAGUAUUGGUUCUCUCUCCACCACUCAUUCUUCGGUCCGUCAAACCAUCAGGUGUCACUCCGUCCCUCAAUCUUCAGUCCAAACCACCUGGAAUCGCCCUCUUAGAAGCUCCAAAUGGUGACGUUUGAAGUUUGAACAUCAUUAAUGUUACUAUCAUUUUCCUUGUAUUACUUCAUGUAGCAGUUUUAGCAACUCAUUUUAUGAAGUUUCUCAUUAAUAAAAUUUGUCUGGCUUAUUCA